AUGCCAUCAGUCACAUACAUGAACAACUCCGCUCCCUUCUGGGACUUCGUUGCUGGCCUCGAGCAGCAAGGCUCGCAACACCCAUUCUUUGCACAGAACCGUAACGACGGUACCGAAAACGAUCGCGAGAUGCCAACCCAAGACGCUCAGGAUCCCUUUGCACCGUUCAGAUGGGGUCAUUUCUUUGGUGGCGAAAGGGGAAUGCCUCACCGUGGCGGCCCUCCUCACGGUCACCCCGAACAUCGUCAUGAGAGAGCCACCGGCGAGCCAAACCAAGAACGCAAUGAACAGCCAGAAACCGAAAAGGGUGCUACUAUGAAUGCCGAUUACGACAACGGUGAAGGCCCAUCGGGCAACUCUGGCUCCGACAACGAUGCUCACAACGGUGGCCGACCACAUGGUCGCUGGGGUGGAGGACGUCGAGGACGCUGUGGCCAGGGCGGCCCUGGAGGCUCUGGCCCACACCAUCACUCUCAUCCCUACGGCGGCUCACCUCGUCAUGGACCACACCAUCGCGGCCAUCGCGGAGGAUGGGGCCCAUGGGCUCGCGGAGGACCCUUCGGAGGCAUGGGCGGCGGAUCUUUCGGUGCUGGCCAUAACGCCUGGAACUCCUUCGACCCCUCAACCCUUGCUGCCCAGCUCUUCAGCCAGUUCACUGACAGCCACCCUUCCAAUACCGCCAACGCUACCAAGCCCACCGAGGCCGACGACUACACACCCGACGCCGAUAUCUUUGACACCGAGUCCGCCUACGUCGUUCACGUCUCGCUUCCCGGCGCCAAGAAGGAAGAUGUUGGUGUAAACUGGGAUGCUGAGAAGAGCGAGCUCAGUAUCGCUGGUGUGAUAUACCGCCCUGGUGACGAAGAGUUCUUGAAGACACUGGCUCUGAACGAGCGUAAGGUUGGAGCCUUCGAGAGAAAGAUCCGCCUCGGGACGAGGGCCAACCCUGCCAGUGUUGAUGCCGACGGUAUCACGGCGAAGUUGGAAGACGGUGUGCUCAGAGUCGAAGUACCAAAGCUAGACUCUGGGUACGUUGAGAUCCGAAAGGUCGAUAUUGAGUAG